AUGAGUCGUUCUUCUACAAAAAAUAUUCUUUUGAAGCUUAUUGUUCCUUCUGGAUCAGCAACUCCUCAGCCACCUGUUGGUCCAGCGCUGGGUGCACGUGGCGUAAAAUCAAUUGAUUUUUGUAAGAAAUUUAAUGAGUUGACGGCUAAUCUUAUCCCUGGUGUUCCUAUUCCAGUAGUUAUUUCAAUUCGUCCUGAUCGAAGCUUUACAUUUGAAAUAAAGUCUCCACCAACAAGCUGGUUGCUUUUUAAGGCAGCUAAAGUUGAUAAAGGAUCAUCUACUCCUGGUAAAGCAGUUGUUGGUACUCUCUCUUUGAAACAUAUUUAUGAGAUUGCAAAAAUUAAACAUAAAGAUGAAAAUAUUCAAGGGAUUCCUCUUGAAAGUGUUUGUAGGAGUGUUAUUGCAAGUGCAAAAAGUGUUGGUAUUAAGGUUGUUCCGUGA